AUGUUGCUUAUUCGAUUAUUACCAUUAUUAUUAUUACUAUCAUCAAUAAUAAACGGUCAGAUCAUAAUUUCAAUUUGUUUAUUAGAUGUACAAAAUUCAAUCUGUCAACAAAUGGAUUGGAAUCACGGUAGUCAUUUAAAUCCCACGCAUUCAUCAUUAUCUCUACAAUUAGAAAAUGGAUCUUUUUUAGUCAGUGAUACGUACACAGACAAUAUACAACUGGAUGAUUUGGCUGCACCGAAUCAUGGUUGCUUAUGUUUCAAACUACCUCCAAUUCGAUUGAAAUCAAGACGCCUACAUCAUUUUUAUAAAGAAAGCCAAUCAAGUGAAACACUAGAACCUGUAUUCUCUGGCAGUAUACUAACUGACAACCAGAAUACGCUGACAUCGAAGCAUACAAGGAAUCCAAGGAAAGGUCACCAUCACCACGACCACCACCAACAACAGAAGCAUAAAAUUGCUGUCUCCUGCCUUCCAAGUGAACUGUCAAGUGAUCAGCUGACACAACAAUUACGUCAAGAAAAUUCAACGAAUAAAAAUAGUAUCUCGUCUAUCAAAUUAGAAGUCCCUGUACUACCGUUUACUAACAAUCAACCGGGACAAGAUGAUACUGAGGUGAAACAAAAUUCCCAAACUACACCGAAUAAAGUCCAGGUGGCUAUGAAACGUCUGUAUAAACAACAUAAUUGGAAGUGUAUACCAACAAGGAAACAGAAUACAGGUCAAUUAAAACAUUUAAUAUGGCAAAUUAUGUGGUGUUUUUUCACUACAAUCUUGGUUAGUGUAUCCUUUGUCAGUUUCAUACAUUGUAUACCAAAUAUAUACGUUUCUAGUCAUUGGAAUAGCUCUAACUUUCAGGAACUUGUAAAUCCUCCAUCAUUGGCUUCCUAUUCUAUAUCAUUUUGGUUAAUUCUUAUUUAUCCUGUACACCUCAUUUUCACUUUGUUAUUUCGUUUGGAGACAACCAAUCUGAAUGAAAUGAUCAUGCAUCAUGCUUUAACUGUAGCAAGUGAUCAACCAAAACUUAUGAAAGUUAUUGCAAGGUGUAGCCUUUUAUCAAGUCUUUGGCAAAUAUUUAUACAUUGUUAUAUACGCAGUUUACGGAUAGUAGCACCUGUGGACUGUGCUGCUAUCACAGCUGUACUACCUUGUUUUAUUUACUUAUUAUCAUGGAUUAUUGUACAUAGACGAUUUUGUGCUUUACGAGUGAUUGCAUUUAUCAUGGCUUCCAGUGGUGUAAUCCUCAACAUAUACAGUGAUCAAAUAGUUAUGUGGUACAAAUGUUUAACAAGUCUGGCGAUAAUCACCUUUUCACUAUUUACAGUUAUUCUAAAACGAAUCAGUAAUAAACCGUCUUUUGGACAAGUGGCUUGUUUCUACUUUGCUUUGGGUUUAUUCAAUAUUUUGGUUACUUGGCCAAUUUUUAUAUUCACUUCAAUCUUGACUUCAACAGAAAUAAUCACUUGGAAGUAUUUACCAUGGGAGUAUUUCAUUGGUAUUGGAGUUUCAUAUUUAAGUAUUACAAUUUCUAUAGAUCUAAGUAGUCGAAAAUCAAAGCGAGUGAUACGAGCUGUUCAGCCGCUUUGUGCAUUAUCAAUUUGUAUUGCUUAUGAAUUAUUUUGGACACAUCAAAAGUUUAUCAUGUCAUCUGUGCAAAUUUCAAGUUUAGUACUCAUUACUAUUGCUUGCCUAUUGAAUGCUUUUCCAACGAGUUGGCAAAAGCACAUUGCGAAACUGCUUAGAAAAAAUCGUUCCCCAAAAUCUCAACCAACCACCAGUAAACGUUCAAUUACUUUAGCCCAGAGGAGUAAAACCUCUGUGGUAAUGCAAUCCACUGGAAGUACACCAGUAUCUAGUAUACAACGAACAUCUUUAGUUACACCAAGCUCUACAACAAUGCAAACUGGUGUUCAUAACACUGUCGUAUCGACUACAAAUAUACGACCGUUAAGUGCUGAGUCAAUCCAACGUGGAAGUAUUAUUCAUCUGAUAAAAGGGAAAAGUUGAUGUAAAUUAUUGCUGAAUUUAUGAAAUAACUCCCCACCCCCCCCCGCAGCUACAUCAAUGU